AUGAUGUUUUCAUUUUUCUAUUUUUUAUUUCUUUUUUUUCUUCACAUUCAACAAAUUAAAUCAUUAAAUGAUGUACCCUCCGAUGAAUAUCUUGGCAGCACUGCCAAACAUUUAUUCUAUUUUGUUCAUGUCACAGAUAUACAUAUUACUCAUUUUGGCCAUACUGAUCGAACCGAACAAUUUGAACAAUUUUGUAAUCAAACUAUUAAAUCAUUGAUUAAACCACACGUCACUGUUGUAUCAGGUGAUUUAGCACAUAAUCGUGAUCGAACAUUUGGAUCUGCACAAUAUGAACAAGAAUGGAUUACAUAUAAAGAUAUUUUAAAUCGAACUAAUAUCACACAAUAUACAGCAUGGCUUGAUAUGAGAGGAAAUCAUGAUGCAUUUAUGGAUCCAGAUCCACAAUCAAACAGAAGUCUUUAUCGUAUUUAUUCUCAUCAAGGAGUUUUACAUGAAGGUUCAUAUCAACAUACAUUAACAACAAAAGAUAAUGAUACUUAUUCAUUUGUCGGUAUUGAUAUGUGUCCAAGACCAGGUGCUGGUCGUCCAUUUAAUUUUCUUGGUCAUAUAUCCAAAGAAGAAAUGAAAAAUAUUAGAAAAUUAUCUGAACAAACUCAAAAUUCUACUGCAACAAUAUUUUUUGGUCAUUAUCCUUUAUCAUUUACUUAUUCAAGUGGACUUACUGAAUUAAUGCAUCAUGGUAUUGCUUAUUUAAAUGGUCAUCUUCAUUCUGGUAUUAAACAUUUAUAUGCUCGACAUUCUGAUGGAUUACUUGAACUUGAAUUAGGAGAUUGGAAAGAUAAUCGACGAUUUCGUAUAGUAACAAUCGAUUCGGGUAUAUUAUCAUUUGAAGAUGUUAAUUUUAAUCAACCAAUUUAUGCUGUUAUAUCAAAUCCAAAAGCAGCUAAAUUUAAAACACCUAGAGAACCACUUUAUCGUCUAAGUCAAAGUACACAUAUUCGAAUUGUUAUUUUUUCUAAAUGGUCAAUUGUUAAUGUUAAUAUUUCAAUUGAUUCAAAAUUUUUCGGUACUGCAAUAGAAUCAAUUGAUAAUGAAAAUUUAUAUGUAUUACCAUGGAAUACAAGUUUUUAUAAUGAUGGUCAUCUUCAUACAUUAUCAAUUGAAAUUAAAGAUAAUCAAAAUAAUACAAUGAAAAUUGAAAAUGAAUUUUCUCUUACAACAACAACAAUAACAGCAUUUGCUCGAUCAAAAUUUAUUCUACUUACUCAUUGGCCAACUUUUGGUAUUGUUGUUAUAAUUAUCUCUUUAUGCAUAUAUAUUAUUAUCUUAACAUUUUUUCGAUAUCGAGCAAAACGAAUGACACAAUCUUGUGGCGUUUGUUUUACUGUAUGGAAUACAAUUCGUUUACGAAUGGUACUUCUAUGUUCAAUCGAUUUAUUUUAUUAUUCAUUGGUUGGUUUAGCAUUGUAUCAUUUUAUUGGUCCAUGGUACAUUGGAUAUUUAACAGAUGGUUAUUUCGGUGCUGCUUUUCUUUGGGGUACGAUUAUCAGAGGAACGUAUCUUCCACCUGAUAUGCAAACAUAUAUGGGAACUAUUCAAUUAGGUUUUUUUUUGUUUCCAUUUACAUUAUGUUUAUGUUCAUCAUGUUAUUAUCGUUAUAUUCAACUUCAGGCAAAUAUUAAUCUUGCUGAAUCUAAAUGUAAUCGUGCAGUUCGAAUAUAUACUGUUUAUAUUCUAUUUGGUUAUACACUUGUAUUUAUUUUAUUUUGGUCAUAUGUAACAACAGCAUCAUAUAAGUUAGCAUUGCCAAUGUCACCAUUUGGUAUAACAUUAGCAUUAUUUUCAAUAUUUCUUUAUGCAAAAUCAAAUCUAUUAAAAAUGGAAGAUUUUAAAUUUCAAUCAAUAACAAAUGAUCGUGAAAAUUCAACAAAUGUAAAUACUAUUGAAACUGAUGAUCAACAAGCUUUUGUAACAGAAUAA